UCUCUCAAACAAAGUCACAGACAACUUACUUUACGCGGAAUAUCAAUCCAUGGCUGCUUGAAUCAUAAACGUUUCUUUCUCUUUUAUACAAAAAACUCUUUUUUAUGAACCCUGCCAACGUAGAUCCAGACACGUCUUUACAGAUUAUGCCACAUGAACCAAUGGUAGAACAUGUAAACCAAUCAGAUAAAGCGACUGUAGAUAAAGAACGUGAAAUGGCCGAGCUUCUGAUAACAAUGGACAAUUAUACUUCUAUUAUACCCGACAAUGUCAUUGAAUACUAUCUAAAUCGAACAGGGUUUGAAUGUGACGACGCGAGAAUAAAAAAGCUAUUUGCUAUGGCAGCACAAAAAUUCGUAGCUGACAUUGCGACAGACGCAUUUCAGUUUAACAAAGUGAAACAAUCGGGAUCUCGUAAUACAAGUAAAUCUAAGGACAAAAAGACUGUCUUGAGUAUGGAGGAUUUGUCUUCUGCAUUAGCUGAACAUGGUGUAGAUGCUAAAAAGCCUGAAUAUUACCAUUAAUACGUCAUAUGCGUUUCACCUUGGUUUUUUUUUUU